AAUUUUAGUCUACGGUUUGUGUCCAUUGUUUUUCUACAAUGUUAUUUUUCUGACUGCUGCUGGUGGACGAAAAGUUGAUCUCGCUGCGUCGAGUGUGAUUUUGUGCUAGUGUUCGUGCUCGAUAUUGUGAUUUAUUCGAAAUAGAUCACGAAGAUGUCGUCACCGAGCGCUGGGAAACGUCGCAUGGACACAGAUGUCAUCAAACUCAUUGAAAGUAAACACGAAGUGACGAUACUCGGGGGGCUGAACGAGUUCUGCGUGAAAUUCUUCGGACCGCCCGGCACCCCGUACGAAGGUGGUGUGUGGCGAGUACGCGUCCACCUGCCCGACCAUUACCCCUUCAAAUCGCCGUCGAUCGGUUUCAUGAACAAAGUGUACCAUCCGAACAUAGACGAGGUGUCCGGCACUGUCUGCCUUGACGUCAUCAACCAGGCGUGGACCGCGUUGUACGAUCUUUCGAACAUCUUCGAAUCAUUCCUGCCUCAGCUGCUGACGUACCCCAACCCCAUUGACCCUCUGAACGGGGACGCGGCGGCCAUGUACCUGCACAAGCCGGAGGAGUACAAGAAAAAAGUCUCAGAUUACGUCCGAAGAUUCGCGACCGAGGAGGCGCUCCUGGAGAAGGACGCGGUGACGGGCAUGGGCGGCGCCACCCCCGCCUCGUCCGGCACCAAGGCCGCCAACGGCACGGCCAACAACAACGCCAGCGACACAGAGAGCUCCAUGAGCGAUUUUAGCGACGACGAAGCCCAAGACAUGGAAUUAUAACGCAAAAUAAUAGUAGAGGCCGCUCGCUCACUCACCACUGCCGUUGUUUAAUGUGGGUCGUCUGUGUUUUGUCUAUGGUCUCUGGCUGUGUGUUCGUUGGUCCCUUUGCUCCGAUAUAGCUGUGACAGUGACGUUUGGUUGUUGUUGUUUUUUUUUUGUUUCAAAUAAUGAACAGGACUUUUUUGGAACUGGCUGGAAGGUUUUCAAAGAGAUGUAACGCCCGAUUUGACAAUGCGUUUUGAUUUAGAGUAUUAGGCUUUUUUUAAAUUAUUACUAUUAUAACUUCUUAAAAUCUGUUUUGAUUUAGCUUUGAAGCAGAUUUAAUAACACUAGCAAUAGAAAUAAAUAUGAAACACUCGACGCAGUCUAUACAAUCUUAAUAUUACCUCAUUAUUCUUUCUGAAUAUGAAUUCAUUUUGUGAUAUCAAAGGAUAUCAGUCUUUUCAAGACUGAUGGCUCUGUCUACCCCGCAAGGGAUAUAGACGUGAUUAUGUGUACUUAUGUAUAUCAAAGGCUCUAAAAGUGUCGGAGAUAUGAGCUAUCAAAAUUGUGAAAACCCAGUGGGACUAGUGGGAUAGACGGAAAUAGUAGCUUCAUAAAUAUAUAUUCAUCUAACUCAUUUCCUUGUUAGGCUAACUGUUAACUAUGAGUUUCGGAUCUUAAACUAGAGACCAUAGAUAAUAAAUAUAUAUAUAAAGCUAUAUGAUAUAUAUCUAUAACAAAGUACAGAUGUCGUGUUUGCUGCCACACAAAUGUGAUUCUAAAACAGAUUAUAUUUUAUGGACCACUAAAGCCAAUUUUUAGAUUAGAAAUUGAAGAUUUACUGCUCGGAGAGAUAAAAUUUAUAGGCAGCGAACAUGGCGAAGAGUGAGAAACAUCGAUGAAUUGAAAUCGGAUUAUUUAAUAAUCAUUAAAUUCGUGUUUUGAAAAGUCUUUAGAUGGAUUCUACGGAGUGCCACAAACGCUUGGACAUUUGUUUUGUUUGAAUCGUGGAUAACACGAUAAAUGCGACAGUAUAAUUACAUCUGUUUAAUUUUUGGCUUUCCAUAAUUUUUUUUGGCCAAGUUUAGUCAGAAACAUUCGAGUAAAUUCUCAAAUGGUUUUAUUUUUCUACUAACUAUAAAAGAAGAAGUAAAUACAUAUAUUUUCAUGAAAAUUGAGAUGUUUUCAAAUGAAAAUUACUACACUCUGUGACAGUUUACUUUUACGAAGUUUUUUUUUCAAGGAUUUUAAAAGUACCUACAAUGAAACAAAGAAUAGUUUACAACCUUUCGUUUUCGUCUUUGAUAAGAAGGUGAUACGCUUUCCUAUGUGGCCCACUUUUAAAAUACCUACUUGAGAAAAAAAACUUCGUGAAAGUAAAAUGUCUAUAGAGUGUAGUAACUUUCAUUCGAAAACAUCAAAAUUUUCAUGAAAAUAUAUAUAUAUUUACUUUCUUUCUUUCUUUGAAAAUAUAAUUCAAGUUCUCAGGGCAUAGACGGAGACUAUUGUCCUAUCCAAAACUUCAUAUAAUUGUGUCUUUUGCGUUUGUGACAACUGUCGAAUAAUUAUAGUCGGUGUGUUUAUGGAAAGUGUUAUAGUAGGUUCGUGUACGGCUUGUCUGUUUUAGUGUUUACGCUUAAACUUAGCAGCAAUACGAUAAGAAAAACGUGUUCACGGUAAGAGUUCGGAAAGUUAGUAACGAUAGUUGGCUUUGAAUUCGAGAUUGAGAAAUUAACGUAGGCUAUAUUAAAUAUAAAUGGACAUUUAAACGUUAGAUUUUAACUAUACUUGUAAUCUGUGGUUAUCACGAUUUUAUCAUCUGUAAUUUAUUGGUAGAAGCUGGCAACCCGACGGGCGGGUGAGUGAGCGAGGCAUAGCAUUUUGUAAAUAUAUUAUCUUCUCUCCCAUAGAAUAAAAAGAAAAGAACUUAAAUCUAUGAAUAACAAGUCCGUUCGGGACUACAGUCAUCACUUAUAUCUCAUAGGUAUUUAAUUUUUUUUAUUGUAGCGUUAAUUUUUAAACAAAUGAUGUGUCAUGUUUUAUUGUGUUUUUGUCCAUCUCCCUCUGUGACAAGAUCUACUAAAUUGUAAUAAUUUUCCUUCAUGGCAACACUUAAAGUUUAGAUUGUCUAUGCUUUAGCCAGUUUUAUGGUCUUAUGUGAUUUAGUAACUUGAAUUUAAUCUGUGAUUUGCUUUUUCCGUUCGAUUUGGGAAAAUGUCAAUUUGUCAAUGAAGAGGUUGAGAUUCAAUGUAAAAUCAGUACUUAGGGUAAAUGCGUCUCUUUUUGUCGCUUUUAGAUAUUUUAUUUCUUAGCACAAUCGUUUCGUUGUUGAUUUGACACCGUCCAUUUUAUUACUACUUACUCAAUUUCUUGUAGCGUUGAUUGCAUUUUGAUUUGUAUAUGAAUUAAUGCCGUGUAUGAUAUUAACGUGAAUAACUCAAAUAUAAUUAAUCUGUAAGAAAUCAGUACAUAUCUUUUCGCCCCUCCUCCAUUUUCAAAACGGCGGUGUCAAACGCAAUUUCUUAGGCAGUAUCCACGCGUGUACACCAAAAACCGUAGCAUUUUGUUCUUAUGUAACUCGGUGACUCACAGCUGACGCUAUGCUGAUCCUGCCAAUGUUGAUGUUUUUGGCCGAUUUUGUGGUGUUCUUUUUGAUGAAGAAUGUUCACCGUCACCAAUUAAUUAUUUGCUCAACAUUGUCUGCUGUUUCGCCGGCCAAUUUCAACAUACAACUUUUUUGUAUCUUUCAAAUGCAUUUGACAUGUUAUAUGUGAACUUAAAUGGGUGCCACAUAUUUUAUAUCCGAUUUUAUUAAUAUAUCUGUAAUAAGUAUUCUUAAUACGUUUUCACUGCCACUGUAUAAGUUUAAUUUCUAACCAUAAACCGAUUUGAAAUUGAUUUUUAUUUUGGUGUUCCACAAGGCAGAAAUUUAGGACCUUUUUAAGGGCCAAGCACACCAAACGCAGGUCAAAAGCAGCGCAGUUUUAAAGCGGAACCGCAUUUAGUUUUAAUUCAAAAAGCUGUUCAAACUCGUCACAUCAAAUUGAAAACGCGGGCUCGCGCUCUUACUGCUCUGCCGCCGCGCCGCAGUGUGACGACUUUGAAGACUUUCCUGUAUUACAACUUAGUGCAGUCCCGCUUUUAAACAGCGCUGCUUCGGAUCUGCGUUUGGUGUGCUCGGGCCUUUAAAGUUUUCAAUGAAAUACUUUGUUAACCGAAAACUGUGUAUUUACAUGGAUAACUGUCGAUAAAAACCUGAAAAUUUCAAUCAAAAAGAACAUCACAAAACCUCUAUCACAGAUCUCUAAAAUGACACGUUGCGAACUAAAAGUGUUGCAAUCGUCUUUAAUAUUAAGUCUAGAUUAUAAAUAGUUAUAACAUGGAAAAAUAUUAUAAUUAAAAACAUAUUAUAUGUAUCAUUGAACGAUAACACAAGCCAUAAUAAUAUAUUUUGGUAUAAGGAGUUAACAUGUUGAAAUUUUUGUUCUUCAAGUUGGGUCGAAGGGAAAUUUAAGAAUUAUUUUUAGGUUAUUUUAACAGUCCACCCAUCUUAUGGAUCACGAUUGAUAGGUUGAUCAUAAUGACACGUAUUUAGCAUCUUGCAAUGAACCAUUGACAAAUUCAUUUUUCAAUUUUUUUUAUUCCUCACAAUAGUUACUUAUUAAUGAUUUCUGUUAAAUUAGUAAUUUAGCCUUGUAAUUUAGCUAAAUGUCAAACACGAAAAGUACAGAUUAUCAAGAGUUCCUACAUUUACGGAUAUGCGCUACUAUCCUUUUUUCGUUUUAUUAUUAUUUGACAGCAAAGUUCUUGCAUUGUCGAAAGAAAGUAUGUAGGUAGGUACUCUGUGUAAGGACAACUUGCAUAUUUGUCGCAGCCGCUUUGAAAAAUCAAAUCAAUUCAUUUAUUGCAUAUCAUUUUGUACAUUUCAGUUCUAACUACUUACAAUUAGUCACUAAUGAGUACAAAAUGAACCCCGUAGGGUACAGCAACAUUAUUAUCGGACUUGUAAACAAAAGACACGAAUUAUUUAACCGCCUUUUUCUAAAACCAGAUUCCACGAUGCUAGGUACCGUGUUCUUAUGAUCCUAAGUUAAAAUCUGUGGUAUCGAUUUAAUAAUAUUGGAACGGAGGUGAAGAUUGUCAAAUUGCAAUGUACACAAUAAAUACGAACAUAUUUUCGUUCUCUGCUUUAAAUAUGUUAUUCGAUUAAGGAUUAGUUAGUUUUAUUGUGUGAUUUACAUAUUUUUAAAUACAAAUAUUUAUAGAAAUCGACAAUAUUUUUAUUUAUAUGUCAUAAUUGCUUAGUUGACACUGUUUUGUGUUGAGAUAAUCUAAUUUGUGAAAAGAAUUUGAAAAUCUUCACUUGUAGUGAUGGGGACGUGACGGGGAUGUUAAUUAAAUUAAUUAAAAUUGGUAAAUUCAAAAUUGUAACUAUUUUUUCAGUAGCCAGUCACGUCGCUAUUACAAGAUUUUAUUAUAGACAAGUUGAUUUAAUUGUACCUUAAAUUGCUCGGGUCGUCUCUCCCAUAUGCAGUUAGUUAUACAUGUAACAAAAUAAAUUUAUAAUUCUAUUUUUAUUUCAUUACAUGUAAUAAUAAACGUACGUUAUUUUUAACUAUA